AUGUCCUCCAUCGGAACGGGCUAUGAUCAGUCGACCACCACAUUCUCGCCUGACGGCCGCGUGUUCCAGAUUGAGUACGCCGCCAAGGCGGUCGAGAACUCGGGCACCGCGAUUGGCAUCCGCUGCAAGGACGGCGUCGUGCUGGGCGUCGAGAAGCAAAAGCUGUCCAAGAUGAUGCUGCCUGGUUCGAACCGGCGCAUCUACACGGUGGACAAGUGCACGGGCAUCGCGGUCUCAGGGAUGAUGGCCGACGCGAGGCAGGCGCGCUGGCCGCGCGCCACCGCCGCCGCCCUGUUCCGCCACCUCCUCGCCGCCAUUGUGAAUGCGGCGCGAGCGGAGUCGGCGAACCACACGGCCGUGUACGGCGGGCAGAUUCCGGGCGCGUGGAAUAUGCUCAGCGACAAGAUCGCCGCCCUGCUGCACAUGUACACGCUGUACUGGUAUGUGCGCCCCUUCGGAUCGUCGGUG